AUGGCUUCACCGAACAGUGUCUCCCUAGGAUUCUUGUUCUUGAUACUGACCCUAAGUUAUGGCUCGGGCUCAGCUCGUAAACUCAUCUCCGACGACAUCAUGCUAACCGAGAACAACGAAUUAGAAAGACGACUCGGUCAAGAAUCAAUACCAACUGCAAGCGUUCCUAAGUCGCCAGAUUUUGUGUCUACAGAUGGAUCUCCCGGCGACGAACCUACGAGCUUCGGCGGCAAACAAGUGGCGUGCGGUCAUCCUUCCUGUGGGCCCCAGAUCCCGGGUCCAAACUGUCAAAAUGGUUGUCUUUCUUGUGGGUGUGGCCAAGCUUAUCCUCAACCUCAACCAGCUUAUCCUCAACCCCAACCAUCCUAUCCUCAACCUCAACCAGCUUAUCCUCAACCCCAACCAUCCUAUCCUCAACCNCCUCAACCAGCUUAUCCUCAACCCCAACCAUCCUAUCCUCAACCUCAACCAGCUUAUCCUCAACCCCAACCAUCCUAUCCUCAACCUCAACCAGCCUAUCCACCCCAGGCUAGCGCAGGAUGUCAACCAGCCUAUCCUCCGCAACCUGAACCGAACUAUCCUCCGUGGCCCGAACCAGCCUACCCACCACAGCCGGAACCAGCCUACCCACCACAGCCUGAACCCACUUAUCCUCCAUGGCCCGAACCAGCCUAUCCUCCCCAGCCAGAACCAUCAUAUCCUCCGCAGCCUGAACCGGCUUAUCCUCCCCAGUCCAGACCGGUCUAUCCUCCGCCUAUGACUGGUCCUAGACUGACUUCUGAAAGUCCGGGAAGCCUGACUCACGAGCCAUCGUGUACUAAUCUUGGCUGCAAGCCUUCAAGUGGACUCAUAACUAGGAGCCCUAUGACCAUAGAAGAUCAAAUAGACACUCGUGGCACCGGCAAGGGUGGAUCGAUGAACGAACAAGUUGUGUCUGAUACGGAAUCGGCGAAUGGUUCGUAG